AUGGCAAUGAGUUUGGCUCAAGCAGUCGGAGUCUCAAACCAGUUACCACCACCGUCAGACAAGUUAUAUAGAGUUGUUUCUGUGGCAAAACAGUUUGUGGACAAUACUGGGGAUGCUGAUGGAGAAGGCAGAAGUAAAGCGAAUGUAAGUUUUUUAGUUUUUGAAUAUUUAAUGUUUUAGGUAACAGUAUAAAGCAUAAUUUGAUCCGGCUUAUAUAAAAGCAUAACAAGUGAAUUGAGUUAUGUUGUAAAAUUGGUUUUACUUUGAAAGUAAAUUAUUAUCUUUAGUUUGAGUACGAAACCAUGGGUCUUGACCUUGAGUACGAUGCUGAUAUCGUCCCCACAGCUCCAGAACCCUCCAACUACGAGACCAUCUACGUGACGGCUCACAAAGGAGCUUGUCGAGCAGCCGCUUUUAGUAACGAUGGGUCUUUAUUUGCUACUGGGUCAGAAGACUCUUCAAUCAAGAUUCUGGAUGUGGAGAAGAUAAUGGGAAGGAACGAACAAGAUAUCGCCGAAGGGGCUUCUGAUGCUCAUCAUCCUGUCAUACGAACACUGUACGAUCAUAUUGCUGACGUGAACGCGUUGGCAUUUCAUCCGAGAGAACAGAUUUUGAUUAGUGGCAGUAGAGAUCUGACGAUGAAGAUCUUUGACUACUCUAAGACCGCGGUUAAGAGAGCGAUGAGGACGAUCGUGGAGACAUAUCCUGUCACAGCCUUGUCGUUUCAUCCUUCUGGAGAGUAUGUGUUAGCUGGAACGACUCAUCCGACCUUGAGGUUAUACAACUUUGAAACUCAACAAUGUUUUGUUUCAUCGAUGCCUAGAGAUCAACAUACUGCUUCUAUUGUUGAUGUAAGAUAACGUUUUUUAGUUUUAUAUGAUUUUUUACUUUUUCGGUUAUUUUUUAUAUUAAUUAAUAUUAUUAUUGUUUAAAAUUUAAGUUAUACGUUAUUUUUUUUAUCAUUUUUAAAAAAUAUUGUUCUAGGUCCACUACAGCGACAAUGCCAAACUCUUUGUGACAGCGUCGCGCGACGGAGAUGUAAAAGUAUGGGACGGCGUCUCAAACCGUUGUGUAGAAACCUUCCAACGUGCUCACGAUAGUGCAGAAGUUUGUUCGGCUCGUUUCACAAAGAAUGGCAAGUAUAUCUUGACCGCCGGUCUGGAUUCAACCUGUAAAUUGUGGGAACUGUCGACCAACAGAUGUCUUAUCGCUUACACUGGAGCCGGUUCUACUGGGCCUCAAGAAUUUCCGCAGAAGGCUGAUUUCAAUCACAAUGAAGACUACGUCAUGUUCCCUGAUGAAAAGAGUGGCAGUAUGUGUGCGUGGGAGAGUCGAUCUGGGGAGCGACAGCGAUUGUUGGCGUUAGGUAAGAUUUUUAUAGUGUUUGGCUAUAUUUGUGACGCGAUUUUUAAUUUUUUUUGUAUUUUUUGAAGUUUUAAAUUGUAUUUUAAGUCUCGGUUACGGCUUAAAACUGGCUUUUGAUUAAAAACUGGGCAAUUAUAAGAUUUUUGUGGCAAUUUUGCGAGAAUAACCAGCUUUAAAGUCAACUUUUACGCUUUAAUAUUCACGUUUCUAAAUAUUUAAAAUCUAAAAAGUUAAUAUUAUUUCAGGUCACACAGCUCCAUGUCGUGUCUUUACCCAUUCCCCAACAAUGGCAGCUUUUGUUACAGGAUCAGACGACUUUAGAGCACGAUUCUGGGUUAAAAAGUCACAAAAUCAUUAG